UCAGCUGUUAAAAACCGCUGCCCCUGCACUGUGGAAUCUCCAGAGUCAGAGCCUCCUGUCCUGAAUCCAUUCCUCCUGCAUUCCUCCUGCAGCGGCCACCACCUGGGACCAAGAGUCUGAACCAUGUAUACUCACAGCAAGGUGGUAGGCACCAGGUCCAACACUUCUAACGCCUCUGGAAACCCCAGUGAGCAGCAUGGGGGGCUGGACCCACUGCAAAGCCAGAAACAGGGUUUGGAGAGGGGCCCCCAGGGCCCUGCACUGAAGAGCUCAGGGCUUGUUGGCCAGAGGAGUGCAAACGCAUAUACCUUGAUAGCACCGAAUGAAAAACGGAGACAACAGAUACAAAGGAUUGCUGAGCAAGAGCUGGUGAACCUUGAGAAAUGGAAGCAGCAGAAUAGACCAAAACCAAUUCACUUGGUGCCACGGCGGCUGGGGGGAAACCAAUCAGAGUCUGAAGUGAGGAAGAAGCAACAACUCCAACUGAUGCAAUCUAAAUAUCAGCAAAAGCUAAAGAGAGAAGAAUCUUUAAGAAUCAAGAAAGAAGCUGAAGAAGCCGAGCUCCAAAAAAUGAAGGCCAUUCAGAGAGAGAAGAGCAAUAAACUAGAGGAGAAAAAGCGACUUCAAGAAGACCUCAGAAGAGAACGACUUAGAGACCACCAUCAAUCCAAAACUGCUGAAUUCUUGAGCAAGCUAGACACAGAACUGCCAAACAGAAGGACCUGUCAAACUACUUUCCAUGACCUGCAAUCUGCAACAUGGAAACUUCCAGUCCUGUCUAGGGAUCCCAACUGGAAUAAAUUACUGGAGCCUAAACGACAGCAGCAAGAGGAAGAAAGAGCCAAAAUCCAUCAAACUGAGCACAGGAGGGUAAAUAAUGCUUUUCUGGACCGACUCCAAGGCACAAGUCAACCAGGUGGCCUGGGGCAGUCUGGAGGCUAUUGCAAUAUGAAUAGUGCCAACAGCUGGGAUAUAUGAGAAAGAUUCGCUUCCAUCUAGCCGUGGACUCUGACCUUGACAAACCUCAUGAAAUGCUUUUCCUUACUCUGAUUUUGUUCAACUUCACAGUUUUUGCCUUAACAUCAACUGCCCACCCUCUCACCUGAGUAGUUAGAGAUGACCAACUUUCCCUGCCAUUAGUAAUGCAUGUCUGUAAGAGCUGAUUGCUAAACUCACAUUUAAUCUACUAUUAGCAAAAGCACACGUUGGUUUUCUAAUUGGUUUGACCUCCGAUGAGAAGAAUAAUUACAACAAUGUUAGUAUGACAGAAAAAGAGAAAAAUCACUCGGUACUUUUAGGUUAGAGAUAUGGGUGCUGUCUCAUGUCUCCUAAGUGACUAAUUCUUGCUAAUUCUCAGAUCAAGUUUGGGGAAGCUUUUGAGUUUUUAAAAGAUUUUAGUAUCUAUUCACUUACUAAAUUUCUCCUAUUUCUUAUAAACAGAUUGCUAAAUAAAGUUUGAAUUGCUUUGAAAUAA